UUGCGCAACCGCAAUGACUGUGUUGCAACUUUUCGGUGGGGAAGAGGACGUUCUGACAAACCGGAACACGCGUCAAGACGCCUGAAUGAGAAUUCACGGUUCUCGCGCUCCUAACGCCCAUACGGAGACAAUACGGAGAACGCCGAGAAUACACAGCUGUUGGGGCGCACGCAUAUGUAGCCGACGAGCCCUGUAUAUAAAGAGAGGAGUCUCACGGAGUCCCGCCUUGGCAAACAAACCUUACCGCAGCCUCUCGUCGUCCUUCACCCGAUAGUAGUGCCACGAUGUAUGACCCCGACCGCGACACCGACCUCGCCACCAUUUGGCCCACCCUCUCCCAAUACGUCCUCCAGCUCGACAAAGACAGCCGCAGCGACCCCGUAGUCCCCAGAAGCCUGCCCUCGCCCUCAUGCUUCGAAUCCACCUUAUCACAGCACGGAUGCGGCGUCGAGCAGGCGCUGGAGCUCUUCAAAUCGACCAUAGCGCCGCACUUGAGCACGUCGCGAGGACCGCGGUACUUGGGGUUUAUCACGGGAGGUGUGACGCCGGCUGCGUUUGUGGGCGAUGUACUGGCGACGACGUUUGAUCAGAAUGUGAUGACGGCGAGCGAGACGGCGGGGAGCGCGGCGGCCGAUGUUGAGGCGGUUGUUAUGCAGCUCCUCAAACAACUUUUUGAUCUACCAAUGGACUUUGACGGCGUUCUCACCGGCGGCGGCACGUCCUCCAACACCGUCGCCCUCGCCUGCGCCCGCCAACACAUCGGAGCCCUCCACAACAUCGACAUCGCGCAAGACGGCCUCCAGGCCCUCAACGGCAAACACAUCUGCGUCCUCGGCACCCUCGCCCACCAAUCCAUCUCCAAAGCCAUGUCGACUCUCGGCAUGGGCCGGCAGAUACACCUCGUCGCAGCGCACCCGGAUUCCCCCGCGAUGAUGGACGCCGCCGACCUCGAUGUGCAGCUGACGACCCUCUCAAACGACCCAACCGUCGCGGGAUGCAUCGUCAUCACACAAGGCGGGGAAGUCAACACCUCCCAAUGCGACCGCCUUCCCGAGAUCGCGGAAGCAUGUAAACGCCACAACGCCUGGCUGCACCUCGACGCGGCCGCCAACCUCCUCGCGCGCGCAUCGCCCACCCACUCCCACCACCUAGCAGGCAUUGAAGUCGCCAACAGCGUCACGGGCGACCUGCACAAAUGGUUCAACACGCCAUACGACUGCGGCGUGGUGUUUACGCGGCUUCCGGACAUUCAUCUGAAGACAUUCACCGCGGCAGCAGCGUACCUCGGCAAAUCGGAGAGUUUCGCGCCGAUCGACUUGUCGAUUGACAAUUCGAGACGAUUCCGGGCGUUGCCGCUUUGGAUGGCGUUGAAUGCGUAUGGGAGAUCUGGGUUCCGCGACAUUGUGGCCCGGACGUGUCAGAUCGCAGAGAACUUGGGCCACUGGGUGGAGACGAGUAAAGAGUUUGAGUUACUCCAUCCUGUGAAGUUAAACACAGUGCUGUUCCGUCCGUCGUUUGGCGGUAGGCAGCUGAGCGACGCGGAGUAUGAUGCCCUUGCGGCGCACGUGCUGAAGGUGGUAAAUGCGAGGGGCAACGUGUUUAUGACGGGUACGCGGUGGCAGGGGCGGUUUGCGAUCCGGGCUGCGUUCGCGAAUUGGAGGACGACGAUGAAGGAUUUGGAGAUUAUUGAAGAGGCACUGAGGGAGGGGUUUGCGGUGGUGGUGGGACGGGAUGGCCACCUCCUGUAGUUGGCGUAUGCUCAUCGACUCUUACCCCUCCCGAUUCAUCACCGUAGACUUCUUUUGCACAAUCAGUCUUCCCACCCUUUAUCUAAUUGCCAAAAUGCACGGGCGUCACAGCUUCUAUGUAUGUACUUUUCGCUCCACCUCACCUCUCCAGAAUCCAAAACCUGCCAUCCACCCCAUUCAUCCCUCCAUCCUCCGAUUCGCCAGCAGUUUACUCAACGCCGGAUACCGCUUCUCCAUCUCCGGGUCACUCAUCUGCUCCUUCGGCGGUAGUAGUGGUUCGAGCUUCUCUAACGAGAUCAGCAAGUCGUCUAGGGUCGUGGCUGUCCGUUCUGCCUGUUUCUGAAUCGGCAGUACUAAUGACCAGGGAGACACAUUAGCAUACCAACCUAGCCCGACUCAGAAAUCAAUAGCGAGGA